UAUUGUUUCUCUCUUUUUCUACAAACUCAAAUUACUUUUAAAAGAUUAAUUAACCUAAUCCUAUAGUUAUAUAGUUGAAUGAUGAUUAAGGGUGGAUAUGAAGUGGUUAAUGGUGCUAUUGAUCUCAUACAAACCCAUGAAGCAUGGGAUUAUCAUUCUACUAAUAUUAAUAGCUCGAUUGGGAUGAAUUUGGAGAGAAAUGAACAACUCUCCGACUGGGUCGAACAUGUCACCAAACAACUCAUCGAUGACUUGCCCGACACGGCAAGUGAUCAAACCAUGCAAACAGACUCAACAAUGGUGAUCAGCACUAGCCAUGAUCGAGAUUAUAACAAUAUUUUCUCGACGAGCGAUGAUUUCAGACCGAGAAAAGCUUUGAAGAGAAGUCAUGUUCAUAAUUUUGAUGGCACAAUAAGUAAUGGGUACGAAGAGUUAAGCUUCGAAUUACUUGGGAAUCAAGCAAGUAUCAAUAGAGGAUUGAGUAGGGUAGAUGAGCAAGGGCUAAACCUAAUAGUUCAUCUUUUAGAAUGUGCUGUUUCGAUAUCGGUUGAUAAUCUCGGUGAGGCUCAUAAAAUGUUGCUCGAGCUAACCCCAAUGGCUUCACCAUAUGCACCAUCUUGUGCUGAAAGAGUGGUGGCUUAUUUUUCUAAAGCCAUGGCUAGUAGGGUUAUCAACUCAUGGUUAGGUAUUUCUAACCCUUUAUUGAUAAACCACAAAAAUAUUCAUUCUUCAUUUCAAAUCUUUAAUAAUGUCUCACCUUUCAUCAAAUUUGCACAUUUUACCUCGAAUCAAGCGAUUCUGGAAGCGUUUCAUCGUCGCGAUAGGGUUCAUAUAAUCGAUCUUGAUAUUAUGCAAGGUUUACAAUGGCCUGCCUUGUUUCAUAUUUUAGCUACAAGAAUUGAAGGUCCACCUCAUAUUAGAAUGACUGGUUUUGGUAGUUCAAUGGAGUUGCUUGUAGAAACAGGCAAACAGCUCUCGAAUUUUGCUAAACGACUCGGAUUAUUAUUCGAAUUCAAUCCAAUUGCUAAAAAAUUUGGAGAAAUUAGUGAUAUUUCAAUGUUGAAAUUAAGGAAAAAUAAUGAAACCCUAGCCGUUCAUUGGCUACAACAUUCCUUGUAUGACUCAACUGGUCCCGACUGGAAAACAAUGAGACUACUCGAAGAAUUAUCACCAAGAAUCAUAACCCUGGUAGAGCAAGAAAUUUCUCACGGCGGCUCUUUUUUAGAUCGAUUCGUAGGUUCACUUCAUUACUACUCAACAUUAUUCGAUUCGCUCGGUGCAUUUCUCCCCUCCGAUGAUUCAAAUCGACAUCGGAUCGAGCAUUGUCUUUUUUAUAGAGAAAUUAACAAUAUUCUGGCCAUCGGAGGUCCCGCGAGAAGCGGAGAAGACAAGUUCCGGCAAUGGAGAGGCGAGCUCGGAGCGAAAAACAAUAGUUUUAUGCAAAUUCCGAUGAGUGGAAACUCCAUGGCUCAAGCACAACUUAUAUUGAAUAUGUUUCCUCCGGCUCAUGGUUAUAGUCUUGUACAAGGUGAUGGAGCAUUGAAGCUUGGGUGGAAAGACACUAGCUUGUUCACUGCUUCUUCUUGGACUUCACUUGCUUCUAGAUAGUUUUUGUAUUUUGUUUAGAUUUUAUGAUCAUCAAUUUCAUUUUUUUGUUUGUGUGUUUGUUUUUUUAAUGAAGUA